AUGAGUCGUGGAGAUGUGCUCGUGGGAGCCAUGAGAUUGACGAGCUGCGAGAGCUCUGCCGCAGGGUCGCAGGGUCGCAGCUCAAAGUCACUGCGAACCUACAAGAUAUCUCAAACAAGCCUCGCUUGCGAUGACGAUCCCCAUCAUGGAAGUACGGUACAUGUCAUUUCUGCAGUGGCGGCUCAGCAAUCACUGCCCAGUUCAGUCCAGCCUUCCCCGGCUUUGUCCUUGACGCUCCCACCCCCCAAAAGCAAAGUCUCUCCUCGCCCACUUUGCAUGUCUCUCGGCCACAUUAGCUUGGCUCUCGCAGAAACAACGGUGGAGAAACCACAUGGGUCGUCGACAUGCCUUCAGCUGAGACCUCCGCCAAGGUACUACGCAUGUGAGUGUCUCUUGUUUCCCACACUUGACAGUAAAAAGGGAAAGGGGGCCAUUCUCUGGACCCCGACGAAGCGGUCCGGCCAUGUCGUGCAGUUUCUUUCUCUUUCUCUCCCCUGGGUAAGUAACUAUCACGAAAGUAGCACCGAGAGCGCAGUGCAGCUUGACACGGUGGAGCGAGCCGAACUAGCUCUGCUUGCCCCAGUCGAGACCUUUCCUUUAGCAAUAUGA